UCUUGCCUAUGCCCACUUUCGUGUCAUCCUACAUGCCCUAGAGGUUGACUUCAAAUGUCCACCCUGGGGUGUGUUUCGCAAAUAUGGCGCAAGCAGGUCCGAUCACGGACGUUACUCAACGGCUCUUCACCGAGCUGAAGUCGAAGAAUGAGGAGACGCGGAUGCGAGCUGCUUACGAGCUCUACGACAACGUGGUUGCUAUUUCGCGAGAUUGGCCCCCGGAAAAGUUCCUCGAGUUCUUCAAUGCCGUCAGCCAGCGCAUAGCCCAGCUCGUCGUUACCGGCAAUGACGCACAUGAAAAGAUCGGUGGUCUGCUGGCUCUCGAUCGCCUGAUAGACUUUGAUGGAGUCGAUGCGGCGCAAAAAACCACUCGCUUUGCCAGCUACCUGCGCAAUGCCCUCCGAAGCAACGAUAAUGCGGUGUUGGGCUAUGCGGCCAGGGCUCUUGGCCGUUUGGCGAAGCCGGGUGGAGCUCUUACCGCGGAGUUGGUUGAGAGCGAAAUACAGUCUGCUUUGGAGUCUCUUCAGUCCGAGAGACAAGAAGGCCGCCGGUUUGCUGCCGUACUCGUCAUCCGAGAGCUCGCCAAAGGCUCGCCGACACUUCUCUAUGGCUUCGUUCCCCAGAUCUUCGAGCUUAUAUGGGUCGCCCUUCGAGACCCCAAGGUACUUAUACGGGAGACUGCGGCCGAGGCGGUUAGUGAGUGUUUUGAGAUCAUCGCCGCCAGAGAUAUGCAGGUGCGACAGUUGUGGUUUGCCAGGAUUUACGAGGAAGCGCUUCUUGGUCUGAAAUCCAGCAGCAAUGUGGAUUGGAUCCAUGGCUCCCUUUUGGUUCUAAAGGAGCUUCUUUUGAAAGGCGCCAUGUUCAUGAAUGAGCAUUAUCGAAACGCAUGCGAAAUAGUUCUUCGCCUCAAGGACCAUCGCGAUCCGAAAAUCCGCACCCAAAUCGUUUUGACAAUACCGAUCCUCGCUUCUUACGCCCCCCUCGACUUCACCGAGACUUAUCUUCAUAGAUUCAUGAUCUAUCUCCAAGCGCAACUAAAGAGAGACAAAGAAAGAAACUCUGCCUUCAUCGCCAUCGGGAAAAUCGCAAACGCUGUUGGUGUCGCCAUCGCACAAUAUCUUGAUGGUAUCAUCGUCUAUAUCCGGGAGGGUCUUGCAAUGAAAGCGCGUAAUCGAGCGGCUAUCAAUGAAGCACCAAUGUUUGAGUGCAUCAGUAUGCUGUCGUUGGCUGUAGGACAGGCACUUAGCAAAUAUAUGGAAGCAUUGCUGGAUCCCGUAUUUGCAUGUGGGCUGAGCGAGUCACUUACACAAGCGCUGGUCGACAUGGCUCACUAUAUCCCGCCAAUCAAGCCCAUAAUUCAAGAGAAGCUGCUGGAUAUGCUGAGCUUGAUCCUCUACGGCACUCCUUUCCGACCCCUAGGGUGCCCAGAGAGUAGGCUGCCUCCAAUACCCUCGUUUGCCAGAGAUUUUGCUCUCCAAGAGCUACACACAGACACAGAAAUUGCACUCGCGCUGCAUACGUUAGGCAGCUUUGACUUCUCGGGCCAUAUCCUCAAUGAGUUUGUCCGGGAUGUGGCGAUCAAUUACGUUGAAAGUGAAAAUCCUGAAAUCCGAAAGGCCUCGGCACUUACCUGUUGUCAGCUCUUUGUCCAUGACCCGAUCAUCAAUCAAACAAGCAGUCAUUCGAUACAGGUUGUCAGUGAAGUUAUUGACAAGCUCCUUACUGUCGGUGUUGGUGAUCCAGACCCCGAAAUCCGACGUACGGUUCUGUGGUCAUUGGACCGGAAAUUCGACCGGCACCUUGCGAGGCCCGAGAAUAUACGAUGCCUUUUCUUGGCGGUCAACGAUGAGGUCUUUCCUGUUAGGGAGGCUGCAAUCUGCAUCAUAGGUCGCCUUUCGAGUGUCAAUCCAGCCUACGUAUUCCCGCCGCUACGGAAACUGCUGGUCAGCCUCCUCACAAGCCUUGGAUUUGCGAGUACUGCCCGCCAAAAGGAAGAAAGUGCCCAGCUUAUCAGUUUGUUCGUUUCAAAUGCAACAAAACUCAUCAGAUCCUAUGUUGAUCCCAUGGUGACCACUUUACUUCCCAAGGCAACUGAUGCCAAUCCAGGCGUCGCCUCAACGACACUAAGGGCUGUCGGCGAGCUUGCAAACGUUGGUGGUAGUGAAAUGAAGACGUAUCUGCCUCAACUUAUGCCAAUUAUCCUCGAUGCGUUGCAAGAUCUUUCGUCCCAUGCCAAGCGAGAAGCAGCUUUGCGCACUCUCGGGCAGUUAGCCAGCAAUUCCGGCUAUGUUAUCGACCCGUACCUUGAAUAUUCUCAUCUUCUCGCUGUCCUCAUCAACAUCAUCAAGACCGAACAGACCGGGUCUCUCCGCAAAGAGACCAUCAAAUUGCUGGGUAUACUUGGAGCAUUGGACCCUUACAAAUACCAGCAAAUUAGCGAGACUGCGCCCGACAUUCAUCACAUCAACGAAGUACAAACUGUCUCUGAUGUUGCUCUCAUCAUGCAAGGACUCACCCCGUCCAAUGAGGAGUAUUACCCUACGGUGGUUAUCAACACGCUUAUGCAAAAUAUUUUGCGUGAGAAUUCCCUCGCUCAGUACCACUCCGCAGUCAUUGAUGCCAUUGUCACCAUUUUCAAGACUCUGGGUUUGAAAUGCGUUCCGUUUCUGGGUCAGAUCAUACCAGGAUUUAUAUCAGUCAUCAGGGGAUCACCCCCCAGCCGCCUUGAAUCGUAUUUUAAUCAAAUGGCAAUUCUGGUUAAUAUCGUGAGACAGCAUAUACGCGGAUUCUUGCCUGAGAUCAUCGAGGUCAUCCGGGACUUCUGGGAUGCAUCGUAUCAAGUCCAGGCUACGAUUCUAUCGCUUGUCGAAGCGAUCGCAAAAUCCCUGGAGGGCGAAUUCAAGAAAUAUCUUGCGGGUCUCAUCCCUCCGAUGCUAGAUACCCUUGAAAAAGAUAACACGCCGCGCCGACAACCUUCCGAGAAGAUCCUUCAUACCUUUCUGAUCUUUGGUACAAGUGGGGAGGAAUACAUGCACCUGAUCGUGCCUUCUAUUGUGCGCCUUUUUGACAGAGCUCAGAACCCGCAAAGCAUUCGCAAGUCCGCUAUUGAUACGCUCACCAAGCUUUCACGGCAAGUCAAUGUUUCAGACUUUGCGUCCUUGAUGGUCCAUUCCCUGUCCCGGGUUGUCUCAAGUAAUGACCGCUUGUUGCGGCAAGCUGCAAUGGAUUGCAUUUGCGCUCUUAUCUUCCAGCUUGGUCAGGACUUUAAUCAUUACAUUCACCUAUUGAACAAGGUCUUGAAGUUUCAUCAAAUCACUCAUGUCAACUACCAGAUUCUCAUUACAAAGCUGCAAAAAGGAGACCCACUUCCACAGGAUCUUAACCCCGAUGAGAAUUAUGCGACGUUGGCAGAUGAUACCAACUACGCUGAGAUUGGGCAAAAGAAGAUGGUUGUUAACCAGCAACAUUUGAAAAACGCCUGGGACGCCUCCCAGAAGUCCACCCGCGAGGAUUGGCAAGAAUGGAUUCGGCGGUUCAGUGUAGAACUGCUGAAAGAAUCACCUUCCCCCGCCCUUCGAGCAUGUGCGAGUUUGGCUGGUAUUUAUCAACCACUAGCAAGAGAUCUGUUCAACGCGGCAUUUGUCUCCUGCUGGACCGAGUUGUAUGACCAAUACCAAGAAGAGCUUGUCCGAUCCAUUGAAAAGGCUCUCACUUCGCCAAACAUUCCUCCCGAAAUCUUACAGGUUCUUCUCAACCUGGCUGAAUUCAUGGAGCACGAUGACAAGGCCCUUCCAAUUGACAUCCGCACUCUUGGCAAAUAUGCUGCCAAGUGUCAUGCCUUCGCCAAGGCUCUCCAUUACAAGGAACUCGAGUUUGAACAGGAUCAGAACUCGGGAGCAGUGGAGGCUUUGAUCACUAUCAACAAUCAGCUUCAACAGUCUGAUGCUGCUAUAGGUAUUCUUCGAAAGGCUCAGGCAUACCGGGAUGUGGAGCUUAAAGAGACAUGGUUUGAGAAGCUUCAACGUUGGGAGGAAGCCCUCGCUGCAUACAAACGGCGUGAAAGAAUAGACCCAGAUUCCUUUGGAGUCACGAUGGGUAAAAUGCGGUGUCUUCACGCUCUUGGUGAGUGGAGAGUGUUAUCCGACCUCGCCCAGGAGAAGUGGAACCAAGCGUCUCUCGACCAUCGCAGAGCAAUUGCACCUCUGGCGGCAGCGGCCGCAUGGGGCCGUGGUCAAUGGGAGUUGAUGGAUUCUUACCUAGGUGUCAUGAAAGAGCAGUCACCUGAUCGGUCAUUCUUUGGUGCUAUUCUUGCUAUUCAUCGAAAUCAAUUUGACGAGGCAACCAUGUAUAUUGAAAAGGCACGCAAUGGCCUGGAUACUGAACUUUCGGCACUGCUAGGAGAGUCGUACAAUCGGGCCUACAAUGUCGUUGUGCGAGUCCAGAUGCUUGCUGAACUCGAGGAGAUCAUUACCUACAAGCAAAACGUGGGUGAUACUGAGAAGCAGGAAUCGAUGCGUCAAACGUGGAACAAGCGGCUCCUCGGGUGCCAGCAGAAUGUGGAGGUGUGGCAACGCAUGCUCAAGGUCAGGGCACUUGUUACCUCGCCUCGAGAGAACCUUGACAUGUGGAUCAAGUUUGCCAAUCUGUGCCGCAAAUCCAACCGCAUGGGUCUGGCCGAACGAUCUCUUGCAUCGCUUGAAAUGGUUGUCUCUGAUGGCAACGGCACACGGGCGAUAGCACCUCCGGAAGUCACUUAUGCCCGUUUGAAGUUCAAUUGGGCCACUGGACACCAACGCGAAGCUCUUCAAAUGUUGAAGGAGUUCACUGCAAGUCUAACCGAAGACUUAAAACGAUACAAUGCUCUCAUGUUGUCGCAAUCUGACCACAAUGGCGUCAACGGGGUCAACGGUGUAAAUGGGGUCAACGGUAUCGCGGACGCAAACUCCACGGGUGUCAUGGGCCUGCGUGAACGCAUUGGCGACGUUGCGAAGUUUAGGAAGCUGCUUGCCAAGAGCUACCUUAGACAAGGAGAAUGGGAGAUGUCCAUGCACCGGGAUACGACUCCAGAUGACGUUAAUGGGGUACUCAAUGCUUACGCUGCCGCUACCAAAUACAAUCGGGACUCGUACAAGGCAUGGCAUUCCUGGGCUCUGGCCAACUUCGAGGUUGUUACGACGCUCGCAAGUCAGGUCAGCAGAGAUGGCACGACGCUGGCCAUGGUACCCGCGCAUAUGAUUGGACAGCACGUAAUACCUGCUAUUCGCGGCUUCCUCAGGUCCAUUUCACUGUCGUCGACCUCAUCCUUACAAGACACAUUGAGGUUCCUGACACUCUGGUUCACCCACGGUGGUGAUGUAGAAGUGAACAAUGUUGUUAUAGAGGGUUUCACUGCAGUGAACAUCGAUACCUGGCUUGCGGUCACCCCACAACUAAUCGCCCGGAUCAACCAGCCUAAUUACAGAGUACGGACUGCAGUCCACCGACUACUGGCCGAGGUCGGCAAGACACAUCCUCAGGCGCUCGUUUAUCCGUUGACAGUUGCAAUGAAGUCUAAUGUUGCCCGACGAUCACAAUCUGCCACCAGCAUCAUGGAUAGCAUGCGACAGCAUAGCGCGAGGCUUGUCGAGCAGGCCGACCUUGUCAGCCAUGAGCUGAUUCGGGUUGCGGUCUUAUGGCAUGAGCUUUGGCAUGAAGGUCUGGAAGAAGCCUCGCGGCUCUACUUUGGUGACCAUAAUGUGGAAGGAAUGUUCGCGACUCUUGCGCCCCUACAUGAAAUGCUCGAUAAGGGCGCAGAGACUUUGCGUGAGGUAUCAUUUGCUCAGGCUUUUGGACGUGAUCUCGCAGAGGCGAAGCACUAUUGCAUGCUCUACCGUGAGACCGAGGAAAUCGGCGAUUUGAACCAAGCCUGGGAUCUCUACUACACAGUGUUCCGAAAGAUUAGCCGGCAGCUUCCACAGCUCUCGACGCUGGACCUGAAAUACGUCUCCCCGAAGCUGAAGGACUAUGUUGACCUUGACCUGGCCGUCCCCGGUACCUACCAGAGUGGCAGACCGAUUAUUCGCAUUAUCAGCUUCGAUCCGAUAUUACACGUCCUGCAAACAAAGAAGAGACCGCGGAGAAUGACGCUGAAGGGCAGUGACGGAAACUCCUACAUGUAUGUCCUCAAGGGACACGAAGACAUUCGGCAAGAUGAACGAGUCAUGCAGCUCUUUGGUCUGGUCAACACCCUUCUUGAUAGCGACGGGGAGAGCUUUAAACGACAUCUAUCUGUGCAGCGAUUCCCCGCUAUCCCGCUGUCCCAGAGCUCUGGCCUUCUGGGAUGGUUCUCCAACAGUGACACGCUGCAUGCGCUGAUCAAGGAAUACCGCGAGAGUCGACGCAUUUUGCUCAAUAUCGAGCACCGCAUUAUGUUGCAAAUGGCACCCGACUAUGAUAACCUCACGCUCAUGCAGAAAGUGGAGGUAUUUGGAUACGCCAUGGACAAUACAACUGGAAAGGACCUGUAUCGUGUUUUGUGGCUCAAAAGUAAAAGCUCCGAGGCCUGGCUCGAACGGCGUACAAACUACACUCGUUCCCUCGGUGUCAUGUCUAUGGUUGGCUACAUACUUGGUCUGGGUGAUCGCCACCCGUCCAAUUUGCUUCUGGAUCGGAUUACUGGCAAAGUGGUCCACAUCGAUUUCGGUGAUUGUUUCGAAGUGGCAAUGCACCGGGAGAAGUACCCUGAGCGGGUGCCUUUCCGUCUGACUCGUAUGUUGACAUUUGCUAUGGAAGUUAGCAACAUUGAAGGAAGUUACCGCAUUACCUGUGAGGCUGUUAUGCGUGUCUUGAGAGAUAACAAGGAUUCCCUGAUGGCUGUCUUGGAAGCGUUCAUUCACGAUCCCCUAAUUAACUGGCGUCUGGGAGUUCGCGAGUCCCCGGAUCGGAUGCCAUUCUCGGCCGAGCGUCGUCAAUCGGUUAUCUCCAACGCCAACCUUGAACAAGGGGUGCACCCGAGCAACUUCUCGCGACACCGCCGGCCUUCCAUCCUGGAAGGUGGUAUUCUGGAUGCACAGGAGGGCAUUCCCAACGAAGCCAGGGAAGCCCAGAACGCACGAGCGCUUCAGGUGCUUGCCCGGGUCAAGGAGAAGCUGACCGGAAGAGACUUCAGGCCCAGCGAGGAACUCAAUGUGAGCGAUCAAGUUGACAAGCUUCUCGCGCAAGCCACCAGCGUGGAGAAUAUCUGUCAGCACUGGAUUGGGUGGUGCAGUUUCUGGUGAUCACUUACUUACUACCCUUUGUUUUCUUUUCUUUUCUUUUUUUUUUUGUUUUUUUGUUUUUUUGUUUCGUUCGUGCUUUCUGAGGUCCUACGACGGCGCAACUCAUGGUUACGGAUUUUGCAUGGCAUGACUCUUCUUCAUUCCAUACUUUGUCUUCUUGCUUCCCCUUCUGUGGCCGCUCCUCCCUUCUGUGUAGCCUUUACUCGGUGUGCUUUUCCCGGUAGCAAUAGUGUUCUUAUAUUUGGCAAUAGGGGCAGGGGGCCGGAGAUGGUCCGUGGUAUAGACAGUGAAUUUGAAUCUAGC